CUGCUUCGUCGUCUUUCAAGCCGCCUUGAUGCAGCUCCUUUCCUCGAGCCGGUGGAUCCCGUGAGAGAUGGUUGCCCUGAUUAUUUCCAAGUGAUUGCUCGCCCAAUGGACCUUGGAACCGUGCAGACGAAGCUCAGAGACGCGGGGCUGCACGACUUCUUUGCAGACAUCAAAUUGGUCUUCGACAACGCCAUGUGCUACAACCCUCCCUCCCACUCCAUCCACCGUCAGGCUCGUCGGCUU